CAGUGAACGAAACAGCAUAAAAUAUGUGUUACCCUACCGUGAACAAUACGAAGGCCUUGUAAUGUUAUAAACAAACCAUUUUCGUAUUAUUAAGGAAUCCUGAAUCAAGGUCCGUGUAAAUUUAGUACAUUAACCUUCCAUAGGGGGUUCACUGGUAACAUUCCACCCCGUAUAAACAAAAGAGAAAGAAACAAGUUUAGUAAAUAGUAAGUGUUGGCUGGUCCCCGUGUGUAGCCACAACAACGGCUCGACAACAAAGCGUGCUAAAAUCGCGGCCAAGCGAGAAAGUUGUGUUUUUUACUCGAACCCGCCGCCGCCAGUCGCCGCCCGAUCCCCUCCGCGGCGCCACGCGCGCUCGCUCCUACACAACUACAAUUUAAUACAUAAACAUUACGUGUUAUCGAUAUUUAAAAAGUAAGGAAAAAACUAAAACUUCCGCCCCAAGAGAAAUCUUUGGAUUGUUUGUGAACGUGACUUUUUUUGUUGGCUGUUUUACUGGCUGGUCCUGAAACAAGGAGGCGCUGUGAAAAAUGAACGUGGUGUGGUGGUGGCUGGGCGCGGCGGCGCUGGCGGGCGCGGCGGCGGGCCACGGCCGGCUGGUGGAGCCGCCCUCGCGCGCCUCCGCCUGGCGCUUCGGCUUCGACACGCCGCACAACUACAACGACCACGAGCUGUACUGCGGCGGCUUCACGCGCCAGUGGAAGCGCAACGGUGGCCAGUGCGGCGUGUGCGGGGACCCGUGGGACGCCCCCGCGCCGCGCGCGCACGAGCUCGGCGGCCGCUUCGGCAAGGGCGUGAUCGUGCGCCGCUACGCGCCCGGCGCCACCUUCCCCGUGCGCGUGGAGCUCACCGCCAACCACAACGGCUACUUCGAGUUCCGCGUGUGCGACGACCCCGCGGCCACGGACCAGCCCUGCCUGGACCGCCGCGUGCUGCGCCUCAGCGGCCGCGACGAGACGCGCUACUUCCCGCGCGAGGGCAACCGCGUGUACGAGAUGCAGUACCGGCUGCCGGAGGGGCUGGAGUGCGCGCACUGCGUGCUGCAGUGGCGCUACAUCGCGGGCAACAACUGGGGCACGUGCGAGAACGGCACGGGCGCCGUGGGCUGCGGCCCGCAGGAGGAGUUCCGCGCCUGCGCAGACAUCGCCGUCGGGGACAAGUACGCGACGACCACGCGGCGGCCGCGGCCCACGUACGUGCCGCCCGGCCAGCGCCCGGCCCUGCCCACGCCCGCGCCCGCGCCCGGCGGCUCGGCCUGGCACGGCGCGCUGGUGGCGGCGCUGGCGCUGCUGCUGGCGCUGGCGGCGCUGGCCGGCAUCUACCUGUACUACUACCGCGGCGGCAUGCGCAUCAAGAACCUGCUGCGGUGGAACAAGCCGCCCCCGCCCCCCGUGGCGCCCCCGCGCGCGCGCCGCGGCCCCUCGCUGCCGCGCGACAUCCCGCCGCUAGAGGGCGCGGAGAAGGUCGCCGUCAUCUCGGACUCUGGAUUUGAAACUGUAGACCUAAGAGCCAAGUGAUUCCUUCUAACGAUAGGUAAACAGCCACUGCCGAAAAGUGAUAUUUAAAGAAUGUUUAGGAAAUGUGACGUGAGAGUGUGCGGUGUGCCUGCGCUGCACUGCCGUGCUUCAGUGAUGAUGUAUAGAAAAUCUCCGUGUUGAGAUCUGAUUGUGAACCUACGUAGUUAGUUUAGCUAGGUAGAUAAGUUAUACUUAAGUUUGACUCGUGUAAAUUAUUGUUUUAUUUUUUAUUAUACAUUUUACAAUACAA